AUGAUGAUCGGAUAUAUCAUGUUCCUUGCAACCACUGACAAGAAGACACAAUACGGAGCCACAUUCCUGAUUGCAAGUGGAUCUUUCACUUUUGGCGCGCUCGUCAACGCGAUCGCGUCUGCUAAUGUCGUUUCCGAUUCUGCCCGGUCUUCCGCCAUCGGCACGACAGGAUUGAUCGGAAAUAUUGGCGGCUUGAUAUCGACAUGGUCGUAUAUGGCCAAGGAUGCUCCUUUAUACCAUGUGGGGAAUGGGUUGAACCUCGCAGCUGCGUCAGCCACACUGCUGGUUGCUAUUGCGUUGUUGCUGUACAUGACCUGGGAUAAUCGCCGGAGGGAGCAACGUGAUGUUAGAGCUGAAUUAGACGGGUUGAGCCAGAAGGAGGUUGAGGAUUUGGAUUGGUGGCAUCCCGGAUUUAGAUGGAGGCCUUGA